UAUAUAUAGUCUGCAUAUGUAUAAUUCAAAAUAGAGUACCACAACCAGAUAGUUUCUUUAUCAUAGGGAAAUCUCCAUCUCCACUACCCAUAUAUAGGUCAGAUGUUUGUCAAGCAAUUUUCAGUUUUAGAUUUAUAAUAUUGUAUUAGAGACUUAUUUGAGGUAGUGUAGUUUGAAAAAUAUGUUUAAAGAUCCAGCUUCUGAGGGUACUACCGAGUAAGUCAAGUUUUGUUGAAAUUCCACCCAAAUAAUUUUUUUUUCUUAGUUUGUGUUCCAUAGCAACUAAGAAAAACUUAGUGCAGGUGUAAACCAUGGAGUAAACUACUACAACAACCUCAUCAAUGAGCUCAUGGCUAAUGGUCUGCAACCGUAUGUGAUCCUUUUCCAUUGGGACGUUCCCCAAGUCUUAGAGGAUGAGUAUGGUGGUUUUUUAAGUCCUCACAUUGUAGAUGAUUUUAGGGACUAUGCUAAACUUUGCUUCAAGGAAUUUGGCAAUAGGGUGAAACAUUGGAUUACUUUGAAUGAACCGAGGAGUGUGAGCAAUAAUGGCUAUGCAAAUGGCAGAAGGGCAGGAUGAAUAUGAAUAUGAAAAUGACGGGUUUAUAGUGGAUGAGGACGAAGAGGAGGAUGAAGAAGAAGAUAGAGCAAAAUCUGAUGAUGAGCCACAGAAGAAAAAGAAAAGGAAGAAAAAGGAGGAGUAUGUCCUUGAUGAAGAUGAUUAUGAAUUGCUGGAGGACAAUAAUAUCAAUAUUCAUCGUCGGAAGGAGAGCAAAAAGUUUAAGCGGCUGAAAAAAGGCAGGAGGGGUACCGAGUAGGAGCCCUCUGGGCUGUCUGAUGAGGAGGAGUUUGUUGGAAGUGGUAAAGUUGGGUGAACUGCUGAGGAGAACCUCAAACGCAGUUUAUUUGGUGAUGAUGAAGGUAUGCUCCGGUUGUGGUGGUCUAUUCUUUUGGUUUUACAUUGACAGUACUUGAUUGUUGUGGGAAAAUUACUUUCACACUGAAUGAAUUAUAGAUAUAUCACUUUUGGAUAAAUGAAUUCUGAGCUUGGAGAUAUUCUCUGAAGAAUAAUUUUGUAAGAAAGAGUUAACUGUCUCAUGUGGAAUUGCAGCUUCAUGUGUGUCACCUUGUGGUGAUGAUGAUAGGUUUGAAGUGACGAACCUUUUUUGGUGUGUAAAGCCACAAUCUACAAAGGUGGUGAGGAGAUGCAUCAGUUAUAUAUUAACAUAAUGCUCUAUGUUUUUUUUUUCCAAUUACUAUGACUUGACAAAACUCCAUACUCCAUCACCAAACUUCAUACACUUGGCCACAGAAUUUGCAUCAAACAGUUAACAAAAAUCAAAAAACAAAAGAACACAUUGAUGAUUGAUGAUCAAUUGACAAUGGAAUUGCUGAACAUAGAUUGAAAAAGAUACCAAAGCAUACAUACCAUGAAGGGGAUGGGCUGUUGUCGUGGAAAACAUUGGAAAUUCAUCUACCUGAUUAUCCAAAUAAUGAAUUUUGAGCCAUAAGAAUUUGACAAUUACAACUUUUGCUAAGAAUAACACAAUUAAGCAAAUUAAUAUAACCUUUUGAUCCUUAGAGCAGGAUAGUAAAUUUUGCUCCUUGCACCAAAUGCCCCUGCCUGCAAUGGCAUCUUGAAGGUACCCAGUAGAUGUAUCAGACGGAAACCAAGGCUCUGGUGUAGGCAUAAGCAAAUUAAGAUCACAAUUCACAAACAAGUAAAACUAAUGGUGUCAGUCAUUAGCAUUCUAAAAUCACAAUUCACAAACAAGCAGAACUAAUGGUGUCAGUCAUUAGCAUUCUAAGAAACAACAAAUGAAGCCUAAAUAAGAAUAUAGUAAUAUACAAAUGAAAGGUAAAUAUUAUUAUAUAGCAUAUGUACCAAGUGUCUGAUCUGUAUGAGUAGCUCCAAUCUCCAAUUCCAUGGAGCUGGAGCAGUUAGAAGACAAGCUGUUGAGGUGUGAGUGUGACAUAGCGGGAAAAGCCUUCUGUUCCUGCAAGACAAAUGAAUUUGGUUUUAAAAUUCAUAUAUGAUAUAUAUAGUAUCUCUUUUUUUUUAAAUAAAAAUAGAAUUUAAAAGAAGAUAAGAUUAAAGUAUGGUUGUUAAAAAUUGAAAAGGAUGAUGUACAUAAUUAAAUUUUUAAAAUUGAGUUUUUUUAACGCCAAUUUAGUGAACAUGAUAAUCCAUUAUUUUAAGAAUAUCUUAUCACUUUCUCCUAUUUUCUGCUGUUAGUAAUUAAAUUGACAAAAUAUUUAAAAGUGUGUAUGCAGCAUCUCAAAAGGGUUUAAUAGGGAUUAUCUUGAAUUCUGACUGGUAUGUGCCGGUUUCUAAAGAGAAAUCUGAUCAAGAUGCUGCACGUAGGGGCCUUGACUUCAUGUUUGGAUGGUAAGUUUAUACUCACAUUCAUAGCUCGAAGGGAAGGAAAAUUGACAGAGACACUAUUUAUUUUUGAAAAUAUGAUCACAUAGUGAUUGAUGGUAUACUACAUUUAGUAAGAAAAAUGUGUACAGACUGUGAUUGACAGGGUUACCAACUUGAGGAAGGAAAUUAUCGAAGGUCACACAGACAAGAACUUCAUUGAGGAGAACAGUUGGAAGUAUGCAUUGUUGGAUGAGGGACAACGUGAAAAAAAAUUGAUUUCCUUUGUUAGGGAAAAAAACUGAGUACUGGGUGAUCCAAGAAAUUAAGCAAAGUAAUUUUUGUAAGU